AUACUACAACACCCAAGCAGACCAUGCCACACAGCGAGGUUCAUGGGAGGUACCAGCAGGAUUAGAGACUGAAAAAAUGAAGCUAUUUCUGGUAUUAGAUAAUUUUACAUGCAAGUGACCAUUGCAUGUCAAAGGCUGUUGCAGCUUCGCAUUGCUCCACAUAACGACAUCCUGCCAAAAAUACCCAAUGGGCCAAGCCAGGAGUCACAUGACCAAAAACAAUCGAGAGCAUUUGAAAGCUAGACACAAGCGUUCAGUUGAUAAUUUACAUACACAGCCAGUAACCACCAGUGUUGAUUUUGGGUCACAGACUGAUUUAUAUAUUAAUCCAGAGAUCAGAGGGUCACCAAGGUCAGCUGAUAGCACACCAGAUAUUGUUGGCCACACGAGUGCUACACAAUUGAAACAACGAUUGUUGAAAGAGAUUUAUAAAACACCAUGGACGCUUGAGGGCAGACGUAAACUUCUGAAACAUAUCAUAGCUGUCUAUCAUCCAGAGUGGCAGCUCAGACAUAGUCGUUAUCGUAAAACAAGAAAAAUGACCAAUAGACGUCUUCUUAAGUAUGAUACGUUCGAUAAGUUGAGUCGCUCGCAGUCUUAUGAACAUCUGUUUGAUGAACAGUUGGAGAAUUAUGAUAAAGACAAUUACAGCUCUAAUAAUCUCUUCAGAUCUAAAUCAAGUGAGAAUCUUCCCGAGGAUGUUAUUAUUGUGACUGAGAGACCACAACAUUUAGUUGGUCCACCUAAGCCAAAGAGACUUGCACAGAAAGAUAGACACUGGCUGGAUUGCGUUGAUGAAUAUUCAAAAACAUAUGGAGGUGCAAAAGUGAAGACUUCUCCAUUGAACUCUUCUUCAUCAAGCAAAGUAAUAACCACUAGGCAUAUUACAAGUGAUAAUCCAUCACCUGGUAAAACAUCUUUGAAACAAGGACUCAUAAAGGUAACCCCUGUGAAUAAAUUACAACCAACUAGACCUUUAACAAAGCCCAACAAGACAGAGAAGGUUACAUCAUAUUUGACACUUUCACCUCAACAGCCAAAGAGGUUAGCAGUAAACCCAGUGUUACCUGCUAGAUCUGGUAAGAAUCAGAGAAUAACAUCUAGAAUAUACACUUCAAAUAUGUCUACUAAUCCAAACAGUGAACAAGUCCAGAAUGAUGACAGCUCUACUCCAUAUGCCACUAUUGAUCAUAGCAUGUUUAAGCAACAGGGCCAAGGGAGUUCUGUGCAGCAUGUUGGGAACGAUAAUAAUAUUGACAAUAAGGUUAUUUAUUCAACAGUGAACAAAUCUGGUGAAUUACGUGAUAAAGUUGAAAUUGAGGAAAAGACUGUCACUGAAGUUGCAGAUCAGACUCUAUUUGCGAUGGACAAAAAAGCAUUUGCACUAAUGCAAGAAGCCCAUGAUAUAGCUGAUGGAAAGAAGAAAUUCUUUUUUGAUCAAGUUGAUAAAGUUGAAAAUGGUUCGUCUACCCAAAAUGAAAUGGACAUGGUGGUCACUGACAGUCAAGGUCACACAAAGAGACUCCGAUAUUCUGACAAUAAAGCCCCAGCUGAUAACAAUGAAUCUCAUUCUAACUCUUAUCAUAGUGUCACAAAAGUCACUCAGAACCAUGUUGAUUUGGAUGCAAAGAAUGAAGUUGAUCUGACCCCUCCUACACCCCCAAGUCCUGGCAGUGGAAAGAUGUCCCCUAAGGUGAGCUUCUCUCCCAGUAUUGAGAUCAUUCCUAGAAUGGGGGAGGAAGAAGCAUUUGCUAAGUCACUAGAACAACAGAUUUCGCAGCAAAGAGGCAGCAUAGAAGAUCUUGCUACAGCAAUGGAUGACCAAGACAUCACCAUUGAGGAAGAAGAGGAGGUAACACAACAUAAGGCUACUAUUGAACAACCAGAGAGUGUCACCAACUGGUCUAUUUAUCCACAUAAUGGUUCAAUCAGCACGCCAAGUGUCUCUCUGAAGUCAUUUGGUUCUCAGGAAUCACUGAAUUCUACUAAUGCUAUUGAUGGCUCAGACUCCAUAAGAGAUGACUCAUCGUCUUCUCAGAAGUACAACUACAUGGAAGUGAAAGGUUCAAGUAGCAAUGUGAGGGAAGUUUCAAGAUCACCAGAGCCCAAGUUACCCCCUUUGCCACGUGUAGAGGACUCAAAAUCGCCAGAACCUGGGGUUUCUCCUCUGCCACAGUCACCUCAUGUACAUUCCCCACAACGAAUUGCUUCCCCAUCUAGUGCACCUAUCAGGUCAUCACCACAGCAUGUUGAACCCACUGGGCAAUCCCUUACUGUACCACGACGUGAUUUAUCCCCAGUCAACACAUCCUGGGUUGAGCCUAGCCCCCACGUGUCAACCGGAGCGAGUACAUUGACGGCAAGCACAGUGACGUACAACCAACAUGACUCAUGUAAUGAUAACGUAAAUGUACAUAUAUCUCAGCUGUCACCAUCAACCGCUAAUCAGGCCCUCGAGGCAACAUAUUCUGAAGUAAAGCAUGCAAAGAAAGUGCCUAUCAAAGUUGAAGUGACUAAAAAUAAAUUCAAUCGAUCUACUAUCAAUGCAAGUGUAUCUCCUUACAACUUGAACGAUGUAGUUCAACCCAAAUCAACAUCAGUCAGCACUGUCCGACAUGAACCUGUGUUUUCCAAACCUUAUAUUCAAAAUAACAAAGUUGACGUUGAGAUCAAACACGUUGGUUCCCCACAGAAAGUUAAAACAGAAACAGUCAGCAUGGCUGUUAGUGAUGAACUUGAAUUGAAGUUUAAAAAACGCAGAGGAGCUGAUCGGGAGCAUUUUAAUAAACCAAUAGAGACUGUUGAGAUUUCCUCACCACCUGUUCAAAGUACAAGCACCUCGUCUUUAAGUUCGACAAGUGGAGCUCAUGAUAAAACAUAUGUCACCGAGACACUGAAUAAAACAUAUGUCGCUGAACCAUGUGUUACGUAUGAGUUUAGGCCGAGUGUACAUACCCAGACGCACCACGACGAUCAAGAUAUCAACGUUAACACGCAACAUCAGCAUAUUAAUAGUAGCAAUACAGAAGAAAGAAACCUCCACAGGAGUGAAAUACAGUUUCAACCAAAUAAAGCGUCAAUUGCCUCUCAGUCGAGAACAAUAGAAUCUAUCAAGUCUCAAAAAGAACCAUAUAGACGUCCAGGAGAAGUGAUAAUUGAGACUCAUUGUACGAGUGGUAACGUUAAAGCUGUCAAUGAAAGCGGUGAUAAACUAACGCGUAUUAACCCAACAUUUGCUGUUGGGGAUGACGAGCCUUAUGGUAUUCAUGUAACUGAUGUUAAAACUGAACGCACCGUUAAAGAACCCCGACCCCCAACUGAUUCUCCUAAACUGGAUCAACUGAAAGAACUUCACAAACAAAUAACGCUUUUAUCAGGCGGGGCAGCCCAUGCGCAAGUAUCAUCUCAAACUGACCCUUCUCACGAAGCUCGCAUUGACAUUCAGCCACGUCCACUUCUUGAUGGACAUCCACGCCAACAUAACCCUCUCGUAGAACAGCUAGAAGAGAUAAUGGCCGAGAUCGAGUUGAAAAGGAAACAACGUGAACUUACAGAGCAAUCACGUAAAAGACCGGAUAUGGCCGAACGGUUCCACAUUGAAAAUCAACUGAAGAAGGAUUACGGUGGAACUGAUAGUGAGCCAAAGAAAUCACAAAAGUUGGUCGUGCUAAGAUCAUCAGAAGACUCGACGUCUGAUUUAGUCCCUGCUCAGCCAGAGGGGGAAAUUUCGCAUGAUUCGUUUGCUGAAGAAGAAACUAAUGUCACAUACCAAUCGGUGACACAGCAAGAUGUUGGGCAAAAAUCAGGAAAGACGAAGGAUAUGAUGAAAGUCACAGAGGUGAAGGUUGAAAAGGUGUACAAGACUGUUGAAAUUUUACCAACAGGGGAACAACUAGAUGCCAUUGAAGGAAGAAAAAGUACAAUUUCUCAAGAAAUGUUAGAAUACGUUAACCAGAAACAAGCAGAAGCUGCGGCCCAAAGGCGAUCUCAAACAUCAUCAUACAGUGAAUCGUCCGAGUUCAAUAAAUACAAUGGUGCAGACGACACCACUAGAGGGCGAACUGACUCUAACCACAACCAUCAAGAAAUAGACGAGGACUUACUGAGGGAAAUAUUACGACUUCACAAAGAAAAGUCAUCUAGGUUCAAACCAAGAGAAUACGAUGAAGAUGAGCAGUCUAUUUACCUCAGCGACGAAGAGCCUGAUGAAGUAGAAAUUGAAGGAGUGAUUUAUAAACGCAUGCACCCUGACUUGCGCAUGUUGACGGCAGAGGAAUUAGAGGCGUACGUCAGGCAAUAUAUGUAUGAACAUACGAAAAGUACAAGUUUGUAG